GAUACGCCUUGCUCUUCCGUGGGGGCGAGCUGUGCCUGAGAGCUGCGUUGCGAGUCGAGGCGGAGAUGGCCUCGCCGCGGCGCUCCGGCUCCGAAUCCUAAGCCGCCAUGGCCGCCGCGGCUGCCACCCCUCGCCUCGCCAGGGUGCGCCUCCACGACCUCGCGCCCUACGAUGGCGCCGCCACCCUGGACUACGCCCGCGCCGUCCACGCUCUCUCCGCCUCCCUCACUCGGCACGGCGCCGCCCUCCUCGAGCUCCCCGCCGCCCACGCCGCCAUCCUUCGCUGCGCCCUCCAGUCCGCCCGCGCCUUCUUCCGCGCCACGCAAGGAGGCCCCCUCUACCUCUACCGCGCAGGCAGUAGGACGACGGAUGACGGCGGCGACACGUCCCCUGCUUGCAUGGACGAUGCCUUCAGGUGUUUCGGUGAGGCUGCCCGCGCUGCUCUGUCGGCGAUUGCUCGCCAUCUUCGACUUCGUACCAAUGCAUUCGACCACUUGCUCGAUGAUACUCCAUUGCCUGUGAAUGAGGUCUCGUCCUCCGAGUUGCUGGUGGCUUAUUCCCAUCAACACCUCGCCUCGUCAGGGGCUCAAGUUGACAGGGGCUUCCUUAUGCUAGUUGCUUCUGAUCAUCCAGGAAUGGAGGUUUGUGACCCAAAUGGCCAGUGGUACCUAGCAGAUGGGGUUUCAGGCCCUGGUGACCUGUUGCUUUUGACUGGAAGGGCCCUAAGUCAUGUUACUGCUGGCAUGCGCCCAACUUCUCGGUACAGGAUCACUAAUGAGAGCAGGUCAGUAUGGUCACACUUAAGAGCAUCACUCACAUUUAGGCUAAUGCCUCAUGCAAAUGCUAUAUUGGAUUGCUCUCCUAUUUCAGCAGCUGGGCACUGCGUACCCCAGAUAUACCAACCCAUAUCUGCAAGUCAAUUUAUGGAUGACUUGUGUGCUGAAGAGCUUGCUAUUUCGAAUCACUCAGAAGCACCUUCGGAAUCUCAAGGCAGCUUCGUUAGUGAACCAUCUCUCAGAAGUGUUCUCUCAGAUCCUUUGUCUGGAGCUUUUCUUGAGGAUGCUAUGGUUCUGUUAUGUGGACACUCUUUCGGCGGCCUUAUGCUGAAGAAAGUCAUUGAAUUGGCAAGGUGCACCAUCUGCAAUGGAGAGGUUGACCCGGCUAACUUGUUUCCUAAUCUCGCUUUAAGAGCAGUAGCUACAGUGGUGAAGAUGGAAGAUGAUAGGAGACUCUUUCAUAAUGCUGCUCUUCGCAAACGCAGGAAAGAAGUGACAGAACGUAUGGAUGUGCUUAAGAGCACUGGAGGUAGCAAAGGCAAUGGUGAGCUGGUGUUGGAUGCUGAAAACUCUACGUCACCCAGGGGUGUGCAGUAUCCAUUUGUAGUAGGUGAAAGGGUACUCAUCAUGGGAAACCGAAGGACUCCUGAUAAAUUUGUUGGGAAGGAGGCAGUUAUCACAUCACAGUGCUUGAAUGGCUGGUAUCUUGUGAAGGCGGUUGAUAGCGGUGAAAGCAUACGGCUUCAGUAUCGGUCUCUGAAGAAAGUAUCGGAGGUGCAGCUGACGUCAGAGAUGAGGCUGCAGCCACUGACCUUUCUGCAGAACAAAUAGCCCAGUGGCA